AUGAUGGCAACGAAGACGUCGCUCGUCGAAACCGUCAAUAUUAAUGUCGACGAUUUUUCGGAGACGUUUCUGACGUGCAGCACGUGUCUACACACCUACGAUCAGGAUACACGAAAGCCGAAGCUACUGCCUUGCUCGCAUUCGGUGUGCUUGUUCUGCCUCACCCAACUCGCGUCACUUUCGGAUCCAUCGACCGAUCCACUUACCAUCAAAUGCCCAUUGUGUCGUGAUGUAUGUAUAUUGCCUCCUGGAGGUGUAACAUCGUUUCCAGCCGCGUUUUUUAUAAAUCAAUUGUUGGAUGUGAUGCAAAAGCAACGGAAGGAUGUUGUCCCAUCGUGCACAACCCACCCGUCCGAUCAGCUCCUCUAUUGCGAAACAUGCGAUUUGGUGUUCUGCGAGCAAUGUCAAACCUCGGCUGUCAACAAAAAAUGUAAUGAGCAUACGGUUGUUCCAUUGUCGAUCGCAAUUAAACGAAUGUCGGAAAUUGUGGUGUACCGGGCGAAAGGUCGCCUUCGAGCACUCGAUUCGGCGCAUUUGGCGGUCACUCAAGAAAUUGAGCAACUCGAUGGAAAUGUCGACAAAAUUGUCGAGCAGAUCAAUUCGGCAAUUCAGGAAGUAUCGAAUCUUGUCGAGAAUCGACGUCGCGAGCUUAUCGAAACGGUGCGAAUUCGACGCGACGAAAAACGAAAAGUGCUCAAAGAUCAGAUUGAGUUGAUUCACGACGAGAAGAAAAAGCUUGAAAAGGAGCUUGAAUCAUCUCAACUUGACAUUCGCUCAAUGGCUCGAAAACUUCGAGAUCAAGACGGCGAGGAGAAUUGGCAACGGCAAAUCGUCGAGCCACGCGAGAACGCAUUUCUGCGAAUCAACACGAAUUCUGCACAAAUGUUGUUGGAUGUCGAGAAGAGUUUGUCGGAUUUCGGCAAACUCUACGCUUCAAAUACGUUCCCCGGAAACUCAACUAUCGAGAUCAACAAUCAUCUGGCGAUUUACAUUGAAAACUCGAUCACGUUAAUAACUCGCGACGUGCAAGGUGUUCAGCGAAAAACUGGCGGCGAUCCGAUUGAAACCGAAAUGAUCUACAUUUGCGCUCAUCCGGAAGAGAAAAAAAUUCCGAAAGGAUCUUAUACGUUUCCGAAGGUGUUGCCAGAUCCGGUUGUUCCUGAUCCAGUGGUGACUGUAACCGAUAAUGGAGAUGGAACUUACGCAUUAAGUUUCAAAACGGAUUUUCCUGGAAAAUACGAGCUUUGUGUGAAUAUCUUUGGCCGUCCCGUGAAAAACAGUCCGAUCACAAUUGACGUUUACCAGAGUCACUCGCCACUCUACCAGUUGCCAGUCCAAUUUCGAUAUCCGACGAAAAUGCACAUCGAUGAGAAUAGCACGUUCUACGUUCUCGACACUGGAAAUAAUCGAAUUCGUGUUGUCAAACAAAACGGCGAUGUUAUUAAGGAUAUUCGCAACGAUCCACUUAGUGAUGGGCAUACUGUGGGAAUGGCUUACAUUGGAAACGAUGAGUUUGCGAUAUUGAGUUGGUCAAAGAGAUGCUUGUCGAGAAUCAAUACCAAAGGUGAAGUAUUGCAUUCGAUCACGUUUUCCGAAUUCCAUGAGCCAAUAGAUGUAGUAAUCGAUAGUCGAGGCCGUUUUGUGAUUGGUGAUACUCUCAAGGUGUUUGUGUUCGACCAACAAAUGAAGCCGGUGUUUAGUUUUCCGAUCAAAUCGAAGCGAAACGGAAAAGUUCUUGGCAUCGCCAUUGGUCUUAAUGAUGAUAUCAUUGUUGGCACGACUUCUGAGGUUCUGCUCUAUGAUUCAGGCGGCAGAGUGCUUCGCCAUGUGCCCACAUAUUCGCCAACUCAUCACGGUCUUGUUUCCCAUCAUUCUGUUGCGUGUUGCCCGGAAACGGGCUAUAUUCUUGCCGGUGUCACCGAUAAGAAGACGAAUCGCACGUCGAUCUCGGUAACUACUUACAAAGGGACUUACCUGUACUCAAUCGAAUAUCGCGGUGUUGAGAGGAUGUCGGGACCAUCUUGUCUACUUCCUCAGCCCGGAAAAUUCAAGAAUGGCGAGGUGUUUGUUGUGGACAACAAUUGGCAUAAUGUGCGAAUGUUCCGUUACAAAUAA